GUUUUAGUUUUGGAUAGUAGCGAUGCUUCUUUUAAUUUUCCAACAAGAUAUAGAAUAACGAAAAUAAUUGUUAAUAACAAUACUAAAACGACGGCGGUUCAAGGUGGAGAUUCGUGUCGCCAAUGUGCUAAUAACUUCAAAUAAUUUAGAAAAUGUAGCGCCACUGACUGAAACUAUGUUUAGAAUUAUACAUCAGUCUCACGAGUACAUUCAAAAAGUGAAAACAAAAAAUAAUUAUAAUGGAAAUGGGUGACAUCGAAUCGUUGGAUUUAAUAAAAAAUAAUAAUACAACGAUUGUAAGAGAAAAAAUAUCGACUUCGAAUCGAAUUAAUCCGAAGAAAGAAGAGUUGCGUAAAGUAAAGAAAAUCAAAAAGAAAUUACACGCUAUUGAUUGUUUAAUAUCGGUAAUCAUAAUUUGUUUCUUGGUAGUAUCGUUUUGGCGAUGCGUUUGGACCUUAAUGGAUCUCUACGUCGAUUAUCUCCCAAAAUACGCAACGUUUUUUAAUGCCGUUUUGCUUCACGUCUUUAUAAUGCAAUACGCCGAAAUUAUUAAACGUUUUAUCGGUUUCGAUAAAGACAAGUUGAAGAAAAAUGUUAAGUAUUCAAUAAUUCGGAGAGUCUAUGUUUAUUUUUACUCCGUUAUUUGUAUUCUUCAAUGGCAAACUGGUUGGUCUAUAAUGGACGAAUGGGUCGGUAUUAAAAUGUUACCAGAUGGAAGAGCAACGAAGGAAGAUGGUCUUUAUGGUACAAUUAUCGUUUUUGGAUUAUCCUUAUUUUGUUUAAUAACGAUGAAAUCUUUAAGAAAUUGUUUGGCGGCACCUUUCGUGAUUAUUUUGGAUAAUAGUACUGCCCCUUAUGAUAUUCCCACACGAUUUAGAACUAACAUGGCCGAAAAAACAACGUUAUACGUCUUGGAUUGUAUCUUUUCGGUUCUCGUUGUUGGAACUCUUGUAGUGUUCGUGUGGAGAGGUGCUUGGGUUCUUUUAGACGACUUUUUGUUUCCCGAAAGUGCUUCAUUAUCAGCUUGGUGUAGUUUGGUGAUUGGUUAUUUAGCCGUUGGAUUGGCGUUUCUUCUUCAGCCGGUAAUGAGAUGGGUUUGCGACCGACUCCAAGGAGGAUUACGUUUAAUCGCCGCUGAUAUUUUCUUGUUAUUUUCGUUAUUUGGAACUGUUAAUGUUUGGAGAGGAAUUUGGACUUUGUUAAACUUAUACUUUUUGCCAGAUAAUCAAGAAAUAAGUUGUUGGAUAACCCAUUGGAUUUGUUUGAUUUUGUUGGUUUUAUUGGGAUGUUCAAAUUCGCUCUUGGUUCGUGGUGUUUACAUCGAUGCCGAAGAACCGGCCGGGAAAUGCGUGAUUUUCCCUUGUUAUUAUUUACGAUUAAUUUUCCAACAAGAACGCGCGAAAAAAAUCGCCAAACGAUUGCAAUUGGACAUUUUGGCGAAACGAAAACAGGAUAUCGAUAAUAAUAUUGCAGAUAUUAAUCAUAUGGUUCACGAAAAACAGCCUAAUAACCACGUCGUGUGACAAUUAUUACAUAAACGUAAAGUUUUUUAUUUCUUAAAUUAAAAAUAAAAAAAUCGACCAAAAAUACACACUAAAAAUUAAGCGAACUCAUGUAACAUAUCAAAAAAUGUCUUCAAACACCGCGUUUUCGAAGCUUUAUCGAAUUUUAUAUAACAAGUUAUACGUUUUAGUAUAAAGAUUUUUAUUAUUAUUAUUUUGUUAUGGUUAUAAAUUAAUGAAAGGAACAAAAAAUUGUGAAUAAGGAGUGGAUUGUUUUUAAAAUUUUUAGUGUUAAUAAGCAAAGUUGUUCUUGAUUAAAAUGAUUUGAUAGUUAAAAUCUCCUCCCCACUCUAAUGUGAUAUAAUUAACUAUUGUAUUAGUGAUAAUAAAACGAAAUUUAAGGCUUGAUAUAAUUCUAAAAACUAAUGUCGAUUAGAAUUAUUACUAUUUAUUAUUAACUAACAAGAGAAAUAAACUAAAAAAGUAA